GCCGUUUUAUCCAGUAGUGAAAAUGUGUGAUUUAAACCUAUAUGGUCAACUCCUUCAGGUUUUUGUGAAGAACAGUAAGUGAAAACUGUGCCCUCCGGCACCGCAGAGGGCGGUAUUUCCUUUUACAUUUGUUUUGACCCACAUAUUCGCCGUAAAAGAAGAAGAGGACAUGUGGACUCGUGCAUUUCUUCCGGCUUGAAACUGGUGCCAACAACAAGUCAAGCUAGCGGCCAGAGGGAGCACUUAAAUCUACUGCUAUCUCUGUGGUAGGAUUGCAGCUUCAAACAGGUCCUGCCUGUCUUCUUGUUAGACACAUCUGAUCGUGGGACAUCAGCAAGAACAAGAUAAUUGUCAGACGAAAUGGGAGACCCCACUCUUCAAAGAGACUGUCCCCUUGACUGUAAAGUGUACGUUGGGAACCUUGGAAACCAUGGAAACAAGGCAGAGUUAGAAAGAGCUUUUGGGUACUAUGGUCCUUUAAGAAGCGUGUGGGUUGCAAGGAACCCUCCCGGCUUUGCUUUUGUAGAGUUUGAAGAUCCCAGAGACGCAUCAGAUGCUGUAAGAGAAAUGGACGGAAGGACAAUGUGUGGCUGUCAAGUCCGAGUUGAGUUAUCCACAGGGGGGAGGCGCUCUGGGAGCCGUGGACCUCCUCAAUCUUGGGGUAGACGACCUCGGGAUAAUUUUAGGCGACGUAGUCCUCCAGCUAGACGCAGAUCACCACGAAGGAGGACACCCAGCCGCAGUCAAAGCAGGUCUCUUUCAAAUGACAAGCGCAAAAAUCGGUCUGUCUCCAGAGACAAGAACCAUAAACGUUCAAGAUCGUUUUCACGAUCAGCGAGUCGUUCCAGGUCCUAUGAAAGGAAAUGACCCCAAACCAUGGGAAAACUGUCAAAUCCUGCAUCUGUUGGAAAACCUUUUUUUUUUUUUUUUUUUUUUUGUUCUUUUUAAAUUGUGUUUGCCAGCUCAAGACAUUGAAUGAUGGCCAUGGUUCAUACUGUGUAAUGGCCAUCUUUUUAAAUAUCACCAAAGGAUUUACAUGUUUUUCUCCUUCUGAUGGUUUCAAUGUUGAGGUUCCCUUGAAUCUUGCUCUAUGAAAUGUGUUACACUGCAUGCCUUGAAAUGGCAUACUGGGUACUUUAUAUUGCCAUUCUUUUUAAACUGUUGAUUAAAGUUUGUGUCAUGUUUUUUAUGGUUUUUCUUGGGGUUUUUUUAAUGUAGUUUUUGGUUGACCCUUAAAAUACUCCGGGUUCUGUAAGUUGAAUCACGUGUAAAGCUUUAUACUAAUGAUAGAAAACUGACAGGAAACUUAACUUAUUGUAAAUACUGGUACUGUACUUAAAGUUUAUCACAUUUAAAGCUGUAUUUUAGCUAUGACUCUUUUGCAAAAGCAAGCAUCAACGCUGUUUGUCUUUGGUUGAGUCUUUGAGCUGUGGCAAUUUGUGCUGGUCAAACUUGUUCAAUAAAUGUUUUUCCAAGGUGA